AAACGGUGAAAACCGAUUUGAAGCAGCCAAUUUUAAAUGAAAACCAGUAAAUGGACAGGUAGGAGAAACCCAGAGUGGUUGAAUGCAAAGAAAAAAAAACCCAAUUUCUGACUCCAACCCAUUAUCUCACUCUCUCAUUCCAAAAAGCAUAGGAGCUGGACACAGCACCUCAAUCUUCUCUCUCACAAAGUUGCUGUCGCCGACACUCUGCGUCUAUCAGCUCCUACGCCUUCACUGUCCUUGUCUAUCGCCUCCAUUUGCGCCCGCCUUCACUGCGUCUACCACCAGACCAGCUCCUGUGCCUUAACUGCGUCUCUCGUGCUCGUCGUCGCCUCCUCAUCUGGCGUCGCCAGUCUCUGUUUCACGUUGAUUCGUCUCCCUCUUCUCUGCCCAUAUUCUGUCUUCACAUCAUCAGAGAUUUAAACUGGAGUAUUUGGCACUUCUCAAAUUCUAAGCUUUUUGUCUAAUUAAAGCUUAAAGGAUUAUAUAAUUCUUGGUUCGACUCCACUAUUCAGUCUACGUGAGAUGAAGUCAUUAGUCUCGGACAAAAAGGAACACACGAAGGAAGGAAGGAAGACAAGAAUGGCGCGGAGAUGAGAAAGAAGAUGUUGCGGUGGUGAUACCCAAAGGCGCUUUGCAAGGUUAAGUGUGAGUGGUUGAAACUAUAAAAAUGGCAUUGUGCCUUCCUUGUCAAUUCAGUAAUAACAAACUAGUCUGUGACUUAGGUUCAAGCUUUCUUCCGGGGACAUCUUCUUUGUCCUGUUCCACCUUCAGAAAACAAAAGGAACAUAAUAAUUAUCUCAGCAACAUCUCGAUUUCAAUUUGUUGUUCCUCAGUCAAACAUGUACGUGACACUGGUCUUGAUAGGCGUGUUGUUUUGAAGAAUAAAACUCGGUUUAUUCAAAAGCUGAAAACCUUACUUCUUUCUAAACCAAAACAUUAUCUUCCUCUUCACAUUCUCUCUAAAUGCCGGUCUUAUCUUACUCUUUCUACACCUCACUCCAUACUUACUAUGAUCCAUCGGUACCCUUCUAUUUUUGAACUCUUCACUAUACCAUGGCCACCUAAGCCACUCAAUGCAACAAAGUUAUAUCCUCAACUAUGUGUUCGUCUAACUCCAGCUGCUGCUGCCCUUGCUGCUGAGGAACUCACUCUUCAAUCCUCCAUUUCCACCACUUUGGCAACCAAACUCCAGAAGCUUCUUAUGUUAUCAUCUCACCACCGGUUACUCCUAUCAAAGUUGGUUCACCUUGCUCCAGAUCUUGGUCUUCCUCCUAAUUUUAGAUCCCGUUUGUGCAAUGAUUUUCCAGAUAAAUUCAAGACUGUUGAAACUUCCUAUGGCCGUGCACUUGAGCUUGUAUCUUGGGACUCAAGCUUGGCAAAGCCAUUACUGCCUCCUGCAUUUCGUUCUCCUGAUUUAAUAGUUGAUCGGCCUUUAAAGUUCAAACAACUAAGACUUAGAAAAGGGCUUAACAUAAAGAGACGUCACCAGAGUUUCCUGCUAAAAUUUGAAGAAAUUCCGGAAUUGUGCCCUUAUAGGAACCCUGUUGAUUCUUUAGCCAAGGUAUCAUUGGAAGCAGAAAAGAGAUCUUGUUCUGUAGUAAGAGAGGUUCUUGGGAUGAUGAUUGAAAAGAGUACUUUAAUAGACCACUUGACCCAUUUCAGAAAGGAAUUUGGUCUCCCAAACAAGUUGAGAGCAAUGAUUAUAAGACAUCCGGAAUUGUUUUAUGUGAGUUUGAAAGGGCAGAGGCACUCUGUUUUCUUGGUAGAGGGGUUUGGUGAGAAAGGUGAGUUAUUGGAGAAGGAUGAGAUAUUGUUCUUACGCAAUAAAUGGAGGGACUUGGUUAGGGAAUCGAAGAGAAUGAGACGAGAGGGAAGAAGGGGGAGGAUUGACAAGUUUUUUGGUGGUUUCAGUGAUACUGAUGAAAAUAAUGAGGAUGACAGUGAUGUUGAAUAUGAUGAAAAUUUUGAUAUUGAUAAUUUUGAAGAUGGUUAUGAUGAUGGUUUUGAGGAAAUAUUUGAAGACUUGGAUUAUGAGGCUAAGCAUGAUGACCAUAGUGGUUUGCUUGCCCAAAAUAUGAAUGGCGAAUUUUGGACUGCAGGACAUUCUCCUAUGCAAACUAGGGUGGAUGAAGAACAAGUGCAGCCUUGGUAGGAAUAUUUAAGUCAUAAAAGGCUAUGAUCCAUGGCUUCUAUCUUUCAUGUACCAUAUUACGAUUGGAAGUACCUGCUUUGUACUUAACUUUCUGCUUUAGUUUUGUACAGUAUCAUUCACUGUAAAAUUAUUGAUAUAAUACAAAUCAAAUCAAAGCAAAUCAAAUAUUGGUUCCAAGCUUUUAUA